AUGUUGAAGAGAGAUGGGUCUGACUCCAACCAUGAUGGCCAGGAUGUCAAUGAAAGAUGUCACAUGUUGAAGAGAGAUGGGUCUGACUCCAACCAUGAUGGCCAGGAUGUCAAUGAAAGAUGUCACAUGUUGAAGAGAGACAUGUCUGACUCCAACCGUGAUGGCCAGGAUGUUGAGCUGGCAGCCAGACAUGGUGGCUCUGGCUCAGACGAGUGCUGUGAAAGACAGACAUCUACACCCAGUGCCUCGCCGCCACCAGCUUCUGGGCAUGACCACUUGGAUGGAGGCUAUGGAUGGCUGGUUGUAGUGGCCAGUUUUUUUGUGGCUUUUGUUAUUGAUGGCAUUGGUAGUAGCUUUGGCCUUCUGUUCCCCUACAUUGUAGCCAAGUUUGACUCCUCGGCUUUUGUGACUUCAUUUGCUGGCUCCACCAUUGUGGCCUUCAUGAUCAUGGGCUCCAUCUCCGUUGCCCUGGUGAAGAAGUUUGGUUACCGACCUGUGGCAGUCCUAGGAAGUAUCCUCAGCUGUGUGGCUUUUGUGGUCAGCGUAUUCAGCCCAAACAUCUAUGUGUUCAUUGUCACAUUUGGCUUGUUGGGAGGUUGCUCCUGUGGGCUGGUGUACAUUCCCUCCAUCAUCAUUGUCAAUGAAUACUUUCAUCAGAAGCGAGGACUGGCCAAUGGAAUCAUUUCUUCAGGCUCUGGUGUGGGCCUUCUGGUGCUGGGUCCAGUCAUCAACCUGCUGCUAGAGACCUACUCUCUGAAUGGAACCAUCCUCUUGCUGGCGGGGGUCCUUCUCAACAUGUGUGUCUGCUCCAGCUUGUUCAUACCUCUAGACCAUGGGCGGCAGUACACACCGUCGGUUGUAGAUGACAGGGAGCAGCAUGGGGCUGGUCAGCCAACAGGAGAGACUCUCUCUAGCCACCUAUCUACUGAAAACUUGGACACAAUUUCUAUGGACAAUGGACAAAACAUGCAGAAGGUUGCUGAUCUUGAAAACCAAGGCAACACAAAACCAGCUUUUGAGGCAGGGGAAGUAGUUAGCAGGUACUGCCAAGUCUACCUGGGAAAGUCCGCCACUGCUCCUUUCAGCUCUCAUGAUGAAGGAGAUCAUGCCAGUUAUUACUUGGAGUGUGUGCUGCAUCACCUGAAGCCUGGGGUUCCAGCGGCAGAGUAUUCUGGGGACACUAGAGUUGCUUCUGAAAAUCUGCUCAAGCAGGAAAGUAAGGAUGUUGAGGCUGUGGGUUCCUGUGCUUACCCAGGGGGUGACCAUAGAGAUGUGGAGUCCCAGCAUAGCCUGCAGCUAGAGUACACCCUGACACAGUUGCUGUGUAUGCCUUCAUUUCACUGCUUCUGUCUAGGAGCUGCCCUCAUACAGAUCGGCUACCCACUGGCCGGAACCUUUCUGGCAAACUAUGCCUACCAGUUUGGGUUGACCACCUCUCACACUGCUAUCCUCAUGAGCUUGUUGGGUGGACUGAACAUUUGUGGACGACUAUUGGCGGGCUCUCUGGUCAGUCUGAAGGUGGACCCACUGCUGCUCAACAACUUGUCUCUGUUGCUUGGUGGAGCGGCUUGCCUGCUGUCCCCUCUCUAUACCCAGUUCUGGUCACUGUGUAUAUUUGCAAGCAUGUUUGGAUUCUUCUUAGGUUUCUUUCCCCCACUGCAGCCGCUUAUCAUCGUCAAACAUUUUGGUUUGGAAACUCUUGCCUCAGCUUUUGGGUUUUUGAGCACCAUUAAAGGUAUUGCUUCGAUCCUGGGAGCUCCUCUGGCCGGAUUCAUCUAUGAUGUCACCAGGCAGUAUUCCAUGUCUUUCAUGUUUGGAGGUGCUGUCUUUGUGCUGUCCUCCUUGGUGCACUGUCUGAUGACAGUCACUGAGAGGUUCUGCAGAAAGAAGAGCCAGCUGUGA